AUGAUGAACCCCCAGAGCACCCGGCGGGAAAGGUUUCUAGGGUUCUAAGAGCUCUGCAUUCCACAAGCUCAUCGGGAAGAAUGGCGUCGACGGGACAGCCACAAUCGUCGGCGAAGAGACCUAAUUCAGCAAUAACAAGAGAAGCAGAUCGGCUUAUCAUAACUCCUCUAGGGGCCGGGAGUGAAGUGGGCCGGUCAUGCGUAUACAUGUCUUACAAAGGGAAAACAGUUCUGUUUGACUGUGGGAUUCAUCCGGCUUACUCUGGCAUGGCCGCCUUGCCAUACUUUGACGAAAUUGACCCUUCAACUGUUGAUGUCCUUUUAAUCACCCAUUUUCAUUUGGAUCAUGCUGCUUCCCUCCCAUAUUUUCUUGAAAAGACUACAUUUAAAGGGCGAGUUUUCAUGACCCAUGCUACAAAGGCAAUUUAUAAGUUGCUACUAUCAGAUUUUGUUAAAGUAAGCAAAGUCUCUGUUGAAGACAUGCUAUUUGAUGAAACACACAUCAACAAAUCUAUGGAAAAAAUUGAGGUGAUUGACUUCCAUCAGACAAUGGAAGUAAAUGGUAUCCGUUUUUGGUGCUACACUGCUGGUCAUGUUCUUGGUGCAGCCAUGUUUAUGGUUAGCAUUGCCGGAGUUCGAGUUCUUUAUACCGGAGACUACUCUCGUGAAGAAGAUAGACAUCUUCGUGCUGCAGAGCUCCCUGAGUGCUGUCCAGAUAUUUGUAUUAUUGAAUCAACGUACGGCGUUCAACAACACCAACCCAGGCAUAUUCGAGAAAAACGUUUUACUGAUGUCAUACACUCAACUCUCAACCAAGGGGGUCGUGUACUAAUCCCUGCUUUUGCUUUGGGUCGGGCUCAAGAACUUCUCCUUAUAUUGGAUGAGUAUUGGUCUAGCCAUCAAGAGCUCCAUAAGAUCCCCAUAUACUAUGCGUCACCUCUUGCAAAACGAUGUAUGGCUGUUUAUCAAACCUAUAUAAAUUCCAUGAACGAUAGGAUUCGCAAUCAGUUUGUAAGCUCAAACCCUUUUGAUUUCAAGCACAUUUCUCCUUUGAAUAGUAUUGAGGGUUUUCAGGAUACGGGCCCUUGUGUGGUGAUGGCAAGUCCUGGUAGUCUUCAGAGUGGGUUGUCAAGGCAGCUCUUUGACAAGUGGUGUUCUGACAAGAGAAAUGCAUGUGUUAUUCCCGGCUAUGUGGUAGAAGGGACACUUGCAAAGACAAUUAUAAAUGAACCAAAAGAGGUGACACUUACAAAUGGACUGUCUGCUCCUCUCAACAUGCAGGUUCAUUAUAUUUCAUUCUCAGCUCAUGCAGACUAUAUCCAGACAAGUACAUUCUUGCAAGAGCUAAGGUCACCUAAUAUAAUUCUUGUUCAUGGAGAAGCUAAUGAGAUGGGAAGGCUUAAGCAGAAGCUCACUACCCUAUUCACUGACCAAAACACCAAGAUUAUUACCCCCAAGAACUGCCAAUCUGUGGAAAUGUACUUUAGCUCUGAUAAGAUGGCAAAAACAAUUGGAAAAUUGGCAGAAAGAACUCCCGAUGUCGGUGAAACUGUCAGUGGGUUACUUGUGAAAAAAGGCUUCACAUACCAAAUCAUGGCACCUGAAGAUCUCCACAUUUUCUCCCAACUUUUGACUGCAAAUGUACAUCAAAGAAUUACUAUCCCAUAUUCUGGUGCAUUUGCUGUGAUCAGACAUAGGAUCAGGCAAGUAUAUGAGAGUGUGGAAUCAUCAACUGACGAGGAUUCUGGAGUUCCUACACUUCGGGUUCAUGAUAGAGUUGUACUUAAACAGGAGUCUGAGAAUCAUAUUUCCGUGCAUUGGACAGCAGAUCCUAUUAGUGAUAUGGUGUCAGACUCUGUUGUUGCUUUGGUUCUAAAUGCAAACAAGGAAAUGCCUAAAUUGCUUGUGGAAUCGGAACCUGACGUAAAUGUGGAGGAAGAUGUGAAGAAAACGGAGAAAAUUAUUCACACACUAUUGGUGUCUCUGUUCGGUGAUGUUAAAAUUAGGGAGGAUGGAAAGCUUGUUAUAAAUGUUGACGGGGACACAGCAGAACUUGACAGACAAACUGGUGACGUUGAAAGUGAAAAUGCUAGUCUCAAGGAACGGGUUAAAACGGCGUUUAGGCGUAUCACAAGUGCAGUGAAGCCUAUCCCGCUUUCAGCACCUUAAAUUAAGGGCAUAUGACUUCCUGGAGAGCAAAUUUGGCUACUUUUUCCAUGGCUUCAAAAUCACCAUUUGCUAUUCCAUUCUCGUCAUGUUUACAAGUUAAUUACAUUUUCAUCCUUGCAUAUGGUACCAGCCUCAGAUAUUUGUGUGCAGGAUGGUGCACUCAACUAAUACCACUUUUUCAUCCCAAUCGUAUAGUAUCCACUUCACAUUUCAGAACUGAGUUUCAAAGUCUAAGGUUUGUAGGCGGAUCCCGACAAUUUAAUGCUGUUGUAAAAGGGAUAAAAAUAGAGAUGUAAAAGAAUUACCUAUGGCUAAAUGUGAAAUCUGUGUUGGAAUUUUGGAAUGUUGUGUUAUCUUGGUGUAUUUAUUUCUUUGAUUUCUUCUGCUUUUUUCUAUGUUUAGUCUCUAGGAAAAUGAAAUGUGAGAUGUGAAUGUUGUAAAGACGACGUUGAGGGGGGAUGAAGAUUCUCUCUCAAACUUGAUUUUUCCGUACCUUAAACAUUUCAUGAUUCUGGUGAUGUAUUUUGCUUGUGCUAGACAUUAAAUAUACUUUGACUAACAUC